GGGUGGACGCGUGUCUGCGCGUGACACGUGGCCCCGCCGGAGGCGUCGAUUCCGGCUCGCGUUGGCGCCUAGUCAAAGACGAGACGCAAGGGAGGGAGGUUGUUUGUGGGUAGCUGCAAAAAUAAAAGAUCCUCGCGGUGGGAGCUAUGGCUUCGCUGCUUUGCUCGAUCUUGCGCUGCGAUACUUCCUGAUUCUUUGGAGAGCGCAUUUCUAAGAUUGUGUCUCGAGUGCGUUUGGAUUUGCAAGCGUUUUUUAUUCGCGUUCGCGUGUGUGUGUGCGAGAGCGAUCGUUUUGGAUGGAAAGCAGCGCGCAAACAAGCGCGGUGGAGGAGAAGCUGGGAAUUCGGAUCGAGCGGAAGCCAUCCGAGCAGCGAUUGCUGGAGCUGGGCGUCAAGUCGUGGCCGAAAUGGGGAUGCCCUCCGAGCAAGCUGCCCUGGACGUACGACGCGGAAGAAACGUGCUACCUCCUCAAAGGCAAAGUCCGCGUCUUCCCCGAGGGAUCCUCCGACUUUGUGGAGUUUGGCGCCGGGAACCUGGUCGUCUUCCCCAAAGGCAUGAGUUGCACCUGGGAAGUCUACUCGCCAGUUGACAAGCAUUACAAGUUCGAUUGAUCGAUCGUCACACACAUCGAUAUAAUCUAAUAUCUGUGUGAUCCGCGACAGAUUUUCCCAUAGAAAAGCUCUCUACUUUCAUGCAAUGCAGGCGAUCAAAGAAGCUCCCGCCCAAGCCGGGGAUUCGAGCGCCAUCCCUGGAUGUUUUUAUUUCUUUCUAAGCUCUGUGUGAAGAAAGUGCAAGUACGUUUGUGCAAA